AUGAUUACCUUCUCUGCCGAGGAUGAUACAGGUGUCACUUUACUACAUAAUGACGCCUUAGUUAUCACUGUGUUCAUCGACUGCUUCCAAGUAAAGCAAGUGAUGGUCGAUCCGGGGAGUUCUGCCAAUAUCAUGCACUUGAAGGUGGUGGAGGAGAUGGGACUGCUGGAAAAACUCAUACCAGCUGUAAGGACCUUUGCUGGUUUCAACAUGUUUAGUGAAAUAACUAAGGGAGAGAUCGACUUGCUCAUGGAAGCCGGAGGAGUUAUCAAAGAAAUGAAGUUCUACGUUAUUGACGGAGACAUUCGUUAUAACGCAAUCUUUGAAAGACCUUGGCUCCAUGACAUGAAGGCAGUUUCCUCAACUCUGCACUUGCGGCUGAAGUUCCCUACUUCAGAAGGGAUCAGAAAGAUCCAGGGGAUCAACCGGCAUCAAAGGAGACGUUCGCAAUUGAGGAGCCUAAGGCAGGCGAAGCAGCCCCAGCCGAUCAAUAGCAAUCACAGGAGUCGCAACCUAUCCUAA